GGCGUAAGUCUUUACUAAGAAGACACAAUGGUGCAGGAGCGGAAAUGCAUCUUGUGCCAGAUGGUAUACUGCUCAAAAAAGGAAAUGGAUGAGCACAUGCGUAGCAUGCUUCAUCACAGAGAACUGGAAAACCUAAGGGGCAGGGACUGCAGCCAUGAGUGCCGGGUCUGCAGAGUGACCGUGGUGGGCCUUUCAACCUACGCCAAGCAUAUAUCUAGCCAGUUACACAAGGACAAAGUUUAUGCCUGGGACAAAGAGGGAUCAAAGGAAGAGGAUGAAGAAGACUAUUUUGAUAAGGAGCUCAUCCAAUUAAUUAACCGAAGGAGAGAACAAAACCAGCAAGAUGAUACUUGCAGUUUCUCCAAAGAGCAAGAAUAUAGGAGAAGAGAUGAGCGCCUAACAUAUCAAGGUAUAAAUCAGCAUGACUGGAAGCGAGAUAUGUCAGAAAGGAGCUGGCAAUGGCAAAAGGAGAGCUUCAGCAAACCUAGACAGAAUUUCCUGCAUUCUACAUUAAGCCUCAAUUCUAAUCGGCAUCUCCCUGGUCCACGGGGGCGGGCUGGAUGGCAUUUGAGCAGUCAGACCACUCGACAGUUGGUCCAUGUCAGAGUAGAAGGCUCAUGGCAUUCAAACGCAGGGGGGGCAACCAGUUGGCACCAAAGAGGCAGAGGUUUUCACUGGCAACCAGAGGGAAACGGAAUUUUCCCCAACCAGCAUUCUAGAAACUGUGUUGGUAACUGGCAGCCUAAUUCUUACAAUAAUAGCCAGUGGAACUUCAGUGGCAACGUUGAAAAUUUUCCACAGGGGCGAAAUUGGCCACAAAGACACUGUGAUACUGGUCUGGACCAGGACUCUGGAUGGUCCAAGAAAAGCAACACUUCAAAUAAUUUUUGCAAAGAAAGAUUCAAGUGGAAAAAAGCUGAGAAUGUUAACAGCUCAACAGUUUGUGCAACUUUAGAUAGAAACUCUUCUAACAAAAUGAAUGAUUUUACUAGGGAUAACCACAUAGAAAACAACUUCAUAGACGUCAGAACAUCUGACAGCUCAGAUGCGGCGUCAUCUAAAACAAAACCUGCGCUUUCCUCUGAGAAGAACAGCGUUACGAAAGACAAACAGCACAGAUGGAGUCCAUAUCCAUUACAGAAGACCUCAGAUCAAAAUGUUCCACCAGUUGCUGACAAAAAUGUAACACUUUGUUCAGAGGAGACAAAGAGUGGAGAACUACAAGCAGACCAAAACGAAAAUUUGGCCAAACUGAAGGUGACAGAAGAUUUGCAACCUGAGCAGUCAAGUGGAAAUAAAAGUGACUUCACAGAGUUGAGGAGCUCUCGUAUGCCUUCUCUAAAAUCACCACUUCGCAACAUACCAGAUACAAAAACGUUCGCUUUAAAAAGAGAUCAAAAGAAUCCUUUCAAAGGUGUAAAAAUGUCACUUCCACCUUUUGGCGAGAGACACAGUCGACUAAGUGCUCUCAAUUUAGAAACUAUUAGAUCCAAUUGUACUUCCAAAUUUCGCAGUGCAGUUAAGAGUACAACGAACAGCGAGGAGGCCCAAGAGAAUAGCAAUAAGGAGCCAGUGGAAACCCUUGGUGAGGUGUUGCGCAAAGCCAAAGAGAUGCUACGUAAUAGCCAGGCCUUGCGGAGCUCUUGCACCCAGUCUUUGAGCAGCACAUUUAGUGAUCCAAAGACUGGAGGAACUGAGGCAACACAUGGCUCUUUUCAGAAUGGUGUUUCUUCUGAUGAGAUCUUGGAAGAUGUUAGCGAUGAUGAUUUGUUCAGUAAUGCACCUAAAAUGGAAACUGCAGUGGAGUCACCUAGUAAUAACUGUGAUAAAAAUGUCUCCCUCAAGGCAGAUGAUGGCACAAAAUCCUUGGAACAAAUCACCACCAAUUCUGGCCCAUUUAUUGCAAAAUCUUUUGAAAAAUGUUCAGUGAACAAUGAGUCUCCUGAUAGUGGAGAUAACAGAAACUCUCCUCAAUCUCAAGACUGUAAUGACUGUGAAAAUCUUGAAAUUAUUUCUGAUCUUGAACUUCAAAAAAGUGCUGGCCAUUCCUCCAAUCCAAUAUUGCCAGAAUUGAGCAAGCUUGGGCUUCCCGUUUCCCUCCAGAGAGAUCUAACUAGACAUAUUAGUUCAAGAAGCAAGCCUGGAACACAUCCCCCAGAGCCAAACCUCAACAGUGCACGUCGCAUCAGGAACAAAAGUGGUCAUCGUAAGAGUGAUGGUGACAAGGAUUCAGGACUCAAACCAACCCUUCGUCAGAUUCUGAAUGUAUCAAGAAGGAAUAUUAACUGGGAGCAGGUCAUGCAACAGGUGUCAAAGAAGAGACAAGAGCAAGGCAAAGGCUUGCCAAGGUUUGGCAUUGAAAUGGUAGCACAGGUUCAAAGUGAACACGAUGGUCUUGACUUUGAUGAGGAGUCAGAUUUGGGGAUUGAAAGCUAUCACUGGGAAAGCAUCACUGCAAGUCCACUAGGGUCGGUGAGGAAGAGGAGCCUCUCGGAAAGCAGUGUAGCUGUUGAAAAGGGCUCUGUAUACAAUAUAUUUAAUAGCCAUACCUCCGACACAAGUGGCGAACCAAGCAUUCCAACACGCCAGCUAACACCAGCAACAUCUGGACCAAAGGAGGAUUCGUCAAGAACUUCACCUGCCAGCCAUGAGAAAAUAGGCAGCAAUUUCCCUGUAGAACCUCCUGCUAUAGCCAGUAGCAGUGUUUCUAGUUCAAGAUUGUUUGAAAUGUCACAAAGUCAAAGAGGAACUGAAGAAACCUGUGCGCCCUCAGAUAGCUUGUGUAUGUUCCAGAAUACUUGUGUAAAUGUGGUUGCCACAGUCAGCAGUCAUGUGGAUGGAGGUACUGACAGCUGUGCAUCCAGCACAGAGCAGAAUGACAACCAGGGAGUUGGAAAGAAAAGAAGGGCCACCGGGGAUGGUUCCUGUCCUGAAACCUCAAUCUUGCAAAGAGACUCCAAGAGAAGGAAAAUUCGAGGGAAAAAAGAGCGCUCCCAAGUGGAUCAGUUGUUAAACAUCUCCCUAAAGGAAGAAGAGCUAAACAACUCACUUCAGGGUGUUGAUAACAACCUUAACCAGGCCCGCACUGCUCUACAGGCAGCUUAUUUAGAAGUCCAACGCUUAAUGAUUCUGAAACAACAGAUCACAGUCGAAAUGGGUACCUUGAGGACACAGAGAAUUCAGAUUCUUCAGGGACUUCAAGGAACCUUUGGCUCAGCCACUGAGGCAGAAGAGGGAGGAUCCAGUAUAGCUACAGGUCCACAGCCAUCAGCUGUCAGUUCCAGUAAUGUGCUUCCUUUGCAGUUGGAGGCUCCACCUUAUCUUCCUACCCAGACCCCAGACAGCUCUCUCUUACCAGCUCCAGUCCCCACUUUUACACCAGCAGCCAUCCUUCCUGCCCCUGCUACAACUGCAACACCUUAUUCACCUGUAGCAGUUAAACAAGAACCAGUGUCACCUGGAGCAGAGGAAAACCUUUCCACACCACCGCUACCAUGGUUACAAGCAGCUGCACCACCAGAAACUAAUGAAGCAUCUAAUGAAAAGCAGUAUGUAUCAACUGCAACAUCGCCACCUCCUGAUUUAUCACCAACUCCAGUUUUUUCACAAACGCAGGAAGUGGACAUCCCUGAAAAUCCACCUACUUCUGUGCCUGGUCCACUUCAAGGCCGAUCUCUUCCCUUCAGUAUGUCUCCAAAAGGCACCGACUGUCCAGUAGCCCCUUCAGAGCUCAUAGAUUCAACCUUGAUUUCAGCAAAUUCCAAGGCAGGCAAGAAAAAGAAGAAACUGCGAAAAAAGAAGACGUUACGUGCUGCACAUGUGCCUGAAAACAGUGACACUGAACAGGACGUCAGCAAGCCUGUUAGAAAAGUCAAGUGUAGAAAACUUUCAAAGGAAGCUACAGUCAGCACUUCUACUCCGCUAGAGAUGGAUGCUAUGUCACAGGAUUCCAAAAUAAACAAAGAUGACAAUGACAGCGAUUCCAGCAUAGAAAUGAUGGAAUUACCAAAACCUUGCUUUGAAGUGGUGGAGAUAGAUUCCAAUGAUGAAAAACCAGACAGUCCGUCCAAAACUGAUCUUGCAAACUGUCCACAACCGGGCAAGUUAGAAAAGAAUGAUGAAGUAACCUCCACCAGUGAACUCGGCACAAGGUACCCAGAGAAUAUUUUGACAAGCAUUGAGCAGAGAGCGCCUACCCCAGGGACAAAGAAUUCUUCUGAGGUAUCAUCUGGGGAAGAUGAAGAACCUACAGAAGGCCACUUUGAAGGACACCAGGCUUCGGUUAAUGCCAUACAGGUUUACCGUGGAGUCCUCUACACCUGUUCAGCUGACAAGAAAGUGCGGGCAUACAAUCUGGUGACCCGAAAAUGUAAGGCAAUUUUUGAAGGACACACAUCAAAAGUAAACUGUCUCCUUGUGACACACAGGCGAGGGGGGAACAUAGUACUGUAUACUGGCUCUAGUGACCACACAGUCCGAUGCUUUAAUGUUAAGACCAAGGAGUGCAUUGACACCUUAGAUCUUGGAGAACGAGUCUUGUGCCUGCACACACGAUGGAAAAACCUAUAUGCAGGUCUUGCUAAUGGAACAGUGGUCACUUUCUCCACCAAGAGCAAUGCACAGAUGGAUAUGUUUGAGUGUCAUGGGCCCCGGGCAGUAAGCUGCAUGGCAACAGCACAAGAAGGCGCUCGAAAACUUCUCCUAGUUGGGUCUUACGAUUGCACCAUCAGUGUUCGAGAUGCCCGUAAUGGCCUUUUGCUGCGCACUCUAGAGGGACAUUCAAAAACUGUCCUCUGUAUGAAGGUUGUCAACGAUCUGGUGUUCAGUGGAUCAAGCGACCAAUCUGUCCAUGCACACAACAUCCAUACAGGGGAGCUGGUACGCAUCUACAAAGGUCACAAUCAUGCUGUUACAGUAGUUAAUAUCCUGGGGCAAGUUAUGGUGACAGCUUGUUUGGACAAAUUUGUUCGUGUCUAUGAACUGCAGUCACAUGACCGGUUACAAGUUUACGGAGGAUACUCCGACAUGAUCAUGUGCAUGUCAAUUUACAAAAGCAUGAUCUACACCGGCUGUUAUGAUGGUAGUGUCCAAGCUGUGCGUCUGAACCUUAUGAAAAAUUAUCGUUGCUGGUGGCAUGGAUGCUCGCUUAUCUUUGGUGUUGCCGACCAUCUGAAGCAACACCUACUGAAUGAUCACACAAACCCCAACUUCCAAACCUUCAAAUGCAGAUGGAAGAAUUGCGAUGGUUUCUUUACAGCUCGGCGAGGAUCAAAGCAGGAGGCAAUAGAACACAUUGAACGGCAUGCAGGAGACAGUGAACUGAACACAUAAAGAAGCACAUUACCUCCCAUAUUGGGAAGUUACUUUUUAAGCAACACAGAGAGAUUAUCAGCACCUCAGUGUCUUAGACACAGCAGAUUCCUUGUGCACUACCGGGUAAUGAAAUGCAGAGUUGCCAUCUUGCUCUCUUUUUUUUACUGACCGCACAAAGCAACAGCUCAAAUGGCUCCUACAUCCAUCGUCUUUGUCACUCCAAUGUCCAACAUCCUUGUAUUUCAUUUUAAAUGGUGUAUUUUUCAGUGUUCCGUUACCAAAAAAA